CACUGCAGUACGGUUAUGAAUAAAAAUUUUAUUUCAUUUCUGUUUGAAGUUGGAUCUAUAUUAUCAAUCGAUUAAGUUUAAUUGAAUAUUAAAUUAUUACCGCAAUGGUAAUUAUUUUGUUAUUAUUGUGUUUCAUAAAUCUUGUGGUUUGUGAAAGGUGUCCACAAGGAAAAUAUGGUGAAAACUGUGAACAUUUUUGCAGAUACCCUCAUUGUUUCUGCAACUCACAUUCCAACUGUUUGUCGUGUGAAACAGGGUAUUGGGACAUAAUAAGAAACUGCACGGUAUCAUGUAGGUCUCCAACAUGUACAUGUACCAACUAUACAAACUGUCUUUCUUGCAAAGACGGAUAUUAUAGAUUGGAGAGUAGAUGUAACAAUAUUUGUUCUUCUGGAUGUGAUGGCAAUAAAUGUAACAAUGACGGAUUGUGUUUUGCAUGUAGGCCUAAUUGGACUGGAAAAUUUUGCGACUCUUGUGUAUAUGGCAGGUAUGGAGUAUACUGCUCUCUGCAAUGCAGUAGAGGUUGUAAAGGGAAUAUUUGCAGUUCAACCGACGGAUCAUGUAGCUGCAGUAGAUAUUAUAGUGGUGAUCAAUGUGAAUAUUGUAUUGCAGGUCGAUACGGAUUUAACUGCGAAAAAACAUGUAGUCCUGGCUGCUUAAAACACACAUGUUCAUCUUCUGAUGGAAAGUGUGAGUGUAAAGACUAUUACAAAGGGGAUACAUGCGACGAAUGUGUAGAAGGGCGGAACGGUGACCAUUGUUUGAAUUUAGUUCAACCGACUCAACCUAGCAACACAGACAACAACCCAACUCGUGCACUUGCAGUUGGAGUUAUUUGUGCAGUAGGAGUGCUCGUAGCUGGUGUCGCCGUAGCGAUCGUGGCCAGACGAAAAAAAUCAACAUGGGAAGCACAAUGCAAAAGCGACGAGCAUGCGACAUCACCUCCUAGAGGAGAAGCAGCUCAACCUGGACUCUACGAAUCAUUAGAUACCACUCGCACGGAAACAAAUGACAGGAGGGAUACCUACACUAGAUUGUUCACUACACGACUUGCUGAAACGAUAGAAAAUGUUAACUCGGACAGUAAUACAAUGAAUCAUUUAAAUAUUGAAGGGGGGAAGGUAGCCCAAUCUGGACCAUAUGAAACAUUAAAUGCCACCCAUUUAAAGGAAAAUGAUAGAAACGAAUCAUACAAAAUGCUGUCCAUGACAGAACAUGCAAGAGCUUCAGGGAAUAGCAAUUUCAACGGUAUUCCACCGAUAAACCCGGAUUCUCACUCAUACGCGAACAUGAUGCUUAAGAAAUGACAGCAUUGGUCGGGAAAUGACGACACAGGUCAAUUAAUUACAAAGCAGAUCAAGUAGUGACGACACACGUCAAAAUAAUUGGUUUACUGUUCAAGGGGCUUCAAUGUCAAGUCAUAUGACUACACAACUUAGAAAAAAAACGUUCAAGUUGUACUCGUAUUUAGGCAUAGACAUGUGUGUAAACAAACAUUAAUUUUAAGUGUUUAACUUAAUGCAUUCAUGGAAAAUAUUAAUUACAGAUAACAAACUGGUAACGGUGUAUUUGAUAGCUGAAAACGAAUAAAUAUUAAGUGACUGGUGAGUCCUACAAAAUAUACAGGGAUCAAUUAUCGUCUAAUAAUGUAGAAAUACCGUGUUUUAUGCACCUUCCCUACAAAUUACACAUGCUAUUCUUCUUAAGAGCAUUUUUUCGAUAGUUAUCUAUCCUUUUCGGUAAAUAAAAACAAUUGUAUUAAUUGUGGUACAGCUUAUUUGGAAGUAAGAUUGCAUCUUUAAAUAUUCCACGACUGUAGUGAUAACAAUCACAAACUGUUACAGUUAAUACUAAAAUUCUUAGAAAUGAAAUACAAUAAAGGUAAUUCCAUGCCACAGACCCUACAUCAUUGUUUACCAAGAGGGACUUCGACUACAGCAUAAUUGUUUUUUUGUACGUUUGUACAUAUGUUUCACGAGUCAUCAUGUUAUAUUAAAUACUAAUACACUGUUUUUUUAGAUCAUUAGCAAGAUAUGAACCUCUUUCAAAAUACUGUUAAAAUAACGAAGACUUCAACCGAUUAGUAUUUAGGUUACAAAAUUCAGCCAGUUAUAACUUAUCACUAUUGUAAUUUGUGCCUUUUUAUGUUUUAGAAGGAUUUGUUUUUUUGUCAUACAAACAUUUACUACACUAAAGUUAAAACAUGUUUGUGCCGUCAUCCAGUGUUCCUUUUGUACUUUAUAUGGGUUAUUGUACUUCGUUCUGUACUUUUGUUUAGUUACCUGUCCAAUAUUUAAAGUGUUUUUUUCAUAUGAUGGACAGUCAUUGUUCUUUUAGUGGGCAGUCAAUAUAGUAGUAUGUUGUGAUUUACAUACUGUAGAAUCAAGACGUGUGUUGACAUCCUUGAUUUUCGUGUAUUGUGUAAAAAUAUGCACUUAUUCAAAGAAAAAUAACUUAAAAACCUUUUUUUAUUUAAGCUUUAUAAAUAAUUAUAAAAAUAUUUUUUUUAUUAUCUUCCGGUAUUUUAGGUUGUUACAACUCAAUGCUCAAUGAAGAUGUAACUGAGGUUUGCGCAGUCGUCAGCGGAAAACUGUGUAUUUGUUGUUUGUCCCUUAAAACGUAAAAAACAAAAACAAAUAACUUAAAAGUUUUCGUCGUAAGCAAAUAAUGCACAAUGAAAACACAUUUUGCACUUGUUAUAUUUCCGUAGAAGUUAAUGUCUAAAAGUAAUUAUUUUUACUAGUAACCAUUAUAAUUAUUUACAAUUUAUAUGUACAUGUAUAUAAGCGCAUUUGUUUUAUUUGCCGGAGAGAUUCACAUGAUUAGUAUUUUUUCAAUGAUUAUGACAGUGUCUCAAAUAAGUUGACAAAAGCGCUAUGAAAUUUAUGAUAUGAACCUCGUUGUUUACAUGUUUUAAGUGUUUCACCUUAAACUGCGUUCCUCGGAUUCUUCAUUUUCUGACAUAAUGUACAGUUUUUGGCCUUUCACCCAAACUUAGUCAAUAAUCAGGACUCGUUUUUUGUUUAUAAUUUAUAGAGCAAGAAUAAUGAGUACAAUGAGCUAUGACUUGCUCUUCUUGUAUGCUUAAUAUUCUGCUUGUCGAAAGGAAAGAAAAUGACUCUUAGUAGACAGAAUUGAUGGCAUACGCGUAUUUGGUUGAAAAUAGAAAAAUGAAAUAGAUCUCAAAUUAACCUUUACUUUGCUAACAGUUUUGUCGAGUAUUCCCUCUGACAAAUAUUGGAAUUUUUUUUUUUUGCAUAUUUUUAACAUUUAAACGACAUAAUCUUUGCUUAUUUUACUUAUUAUACUUCUUUCUUUGGAAUACUGGAAAGGGAACGUAAGGCAUGCCAUACAAUGCAUUUGCUGUGCUCCACUUCAUUUUCGAAUGAUAGAAAAUAUUGGAAGGACUAGACUCAGCUUCUACUGUUCAUCUUCACUAUUGAAUGAUAUUCUGCUAAAUACCAAUGCCCCUCUUUAUUUUUUAUCUGAGUUAAAACUGACCCACCACGAUCAGUUGGACUACUACUAGCCUAUUGACAAUGCAUUCCUCUUUCACAAAAGCUUGUCGUGCCGUCCAAAUACCCCUAUCCGCCAUGUCGUCAGUGUCAAACAUUGCUCUACAAUGAUCCGGAAGACUGUUACACACAUUUUACAAAAUGGUUCAACUGACCAUAUGGUUUUGCUAAUAUGAUAAGCCCCAUUAUUACUUGUUAUGGAACUUUAAAAUGGUCACUGUUUUAAUGUGUGAUACACAUAAGAUGCUUUAAAGGGUACGCAUGGUCACGACUUUUAAGAACAAUUAUUUCCAGAUGGCAGACCUAAACAACACGCACUAUCUAAAGUGUAAAUGUACAGAUAAUAAAGCUCAUGCUUGUUUAUUUUUUAACAUUACGGUUCUAUACAUAUUGUAGGAGGGAAAUAAGAUAAACUCAGAUCAUACGAAACAUUAAAUUCCGUCCGCUAGGAACGUGACAUUGGGAAUUAAACACAAUGUUGUGACAAUAGUGCAAUGGUUAUUUUGAAUGCUGUAGAAGACGAAGCAUCCCAAACCAUAUGGAACAUUAAAUAAAAGUGACAGGAGUCGUUACUUCAUAAUGCUGUUCACCAAAGGACACAAUGGAUCUACGAGCAUUGGCCAUUACGACAAUAAUUCUAAUGUUCGAAUUCUUACCCAUACCUUUACAUGACAACACAGGUGAAGAAAUGACAAGACAGAUAAGAAAAGUAUUUCACUGGUCAUGAAAUGACAACGCAGGUCAUGAACUGACAACAUACGUUCGAAUAUAAAAACGCAGGUCAUGGAAACAUAACUCAGGUCAAGAAAUGACAACACAUGUCCAUAAUUGAUACUACAUGCCAGGAAAUGAAAAAUAAAUACAGGAUAGCAAAUGAAAAUACAGAAAAGCAAAUGACAAAUUAGUCAACGAAAUGACAACACAGAUCAAUGAAUGAAAACACAGAUAACUAAAUGACAACGCAGGCCAGGAAAUACCGUUCAGGAAAAAAUGACAGCCAUUGCUCAAUAUUUGAAAAUACUUAUAAGGACAUAUGUUGAUCUUGGUAUAUCAGGAGGUUUAAAAAUGCUUUAAAAAUAAAUCGUCGUUGCGUAUCGAUACGUUACCUUUACUAUCGCAUAUUCCUCCCAAUAUAGUUUUGUAUUGUACAGUCAUCAAAUGUAUUGAUUAUUUCUUAUAUAUUAUGAGAGAUAUAUAUAAUUUAUUGACUGCCUGUCUUUUAGAAUAUUACGUUUUGUGGCAUUAUUAUGAUACUAUCAAGUAUAGUUCGGUAAAAAAUGUAAUGUGUUUACAGUCAAUCCAGUGUACAUUACAAUGUAUACAUUGAGCGUCUCGUUUUCAUUUAUUUCAAUAAUGAGUUAUAGUACUUACAUAUAUGCAUCAACGUUAUAUUAAAAUAAAAGGCACACAUGACAGGAACAUUUAAUCCGAAUAACCAUUAAUCAAUCAAUCAAUUGUGUGUGCACAAUUAGACGAUGUGUACCAUAUGUGUGUGAUUAAAUUAAAACUGCAUAGCUGAUUGAAAAAACAAAUGAGAAUUAGACGAAAACCCUCAAAGUAAUACAAUUUAGAUCAUUUACAAAAUAACGUAUUGGAAUUAUGAGAAUUGAAAAUUCUUGUAUAUCAUUAUGCAUCUGUUUAAUCUCAUUUGUAUCAUAUUGGAGAGAAAUUGCUUUGUUUUAAUGCAUGCAUUCACUACCACCCGUAUCUCACGCUGCUAGUACGAGAAUAAAUAAUAACAUUAUUUGUUUCCGUUUAUUGUGAAGAGUGGAUAUGAGAA